UUCGCCCUCACACCCUUUAUUAGGUCCACAGUUCGAACCCCAGGGCACCGCAAUUUCACCCCCGCGUCCUCCGCGAGGAGACAAAAACACAGAUCUUGGAGGUGAAAUCGAGAAUUUCAGAAAAUUCGCAGCAACAUCUAACAUUAGCUCGUAUAAAACAGAGAUCUUGGAGGUGAAAUCGAGGAUUUCAGAAAAAAUUGCAGCAACAGCUAACCUAAAGCUCGUAUAAAGAGUAUAAAAAGCGCUCGCGCACACAAUGAGCGGAGGAGGAGCUCCUUGUGGCGCCUGCAAAUUCCUGAGAAGAAAAUGCGUCAAAGGUUGCGUUUUUGCGCCGUAUUUCGGCUCAGAGCAGGGCGCAACGCAUUUCGCUGCUGUGCACAAAAUCUUCGGCGCCAGUAAUGUCUCAAAGCUGCUUCUGCACAUUCCUACGCCCGAGCGCUGCGAGGCAGUGAUCACAAUUUCAUACGAGGCACAGGCCAGAAUUAAAGAUCCUGUCUAUGGUUGUGUUUCUCACAUUUUCGCUCUCCAGCAACAGGUUGCGAGCUUGCAGGCCGAGCUGGCUUCGGUUCAGGCGCAGCUAGCGAGCCGCGUGGCUGCUGAAUCGGCAACUCCAACGUCUGUCUCGUCUCCUGUCAUGACUGGUCAUCAUCCACGUCAUCAUCAGUUUUCAGGUUCGGCCGUGCCAUGUCAGCCGACCCUGCAGGUGAAUAAUGGUACGGUCCAUCGUGUGAAGGAGGAAAGCCCCGUUACUUUUGGCAAUUGGAUGGACUACGAAAUUUUUCAUGAUUCGUGCCGAGAGAUGGAAGCGCUCCAUCGGAGCUCAUGUUCGCAGGAAUUUAUGGGCAACGAUGGCGGAGAGCUGCAGGCCGUGGCGCACGCUCUUCUUCGCCGAAACUGAGCUUCUCUAAGUUUAGAUGAUGUCGCCAAUUCUAGCGCGCUGCCAAAUUCGGGCAAUGCAAGUUUUCCAAUGGAUGGAAGAAGAAAGAUUGAUGAUUUAGACGUUCACGAGGUUAAACAUAGUCUAUGUCAAAUUGAAAAUUAUACUGAUGCUAGGUGUAACUGAUAGCUAAAUAACAGUUUUAUGUGAAUGGGAAUGAUAUUAGCAGCUGUUGGUCAUUUAGAUCGUUUGGUCUUGUGAACGUCGUUAAAAUUCUUUCACCAUUACCUUCUAGUAUUUUGUAUCCGUGUCAUAAAUAUAUAUAUGUGUUUUAAUGAUACUUGUUAAAAUGUAUAGUCAUCAUCCAAGG